UGAGUGAAAUGAUGAAUAGUUUAUGUAAGCUGAUACCCUGUGCAUUGGCUAGUGCCACAAGGCAAAGUCAAAACACCAUCAAACGUUGUUAUGCUGCUCCAAUCAAGCGAUUUUAUAAACAAACAUCUGUCCUAUAUAAUGAUGGUAAAUAUGAGGUAACUUUGGAUCAACGUAAACUGAAAACACCCAAAGGAGCAUUGUUUACGGUUAAGAGUGAACCAUUAGCCAUUGCCGUUGCCACAGAAUUCAAUAAUCAAAAGGAACACAUUGAAAGGGCCAAGAUGCAUUUAUCUGCCCUUUGUUUUACGGCGAUUGAUAAUCCAAAUAAUCACAGCAAAAUUGAUAUGGUCAACUAUUUGCUGAACUAUAUACCAACAGACACCAUUCUGUUCCAGUAUGAUGAUGAAAAAGAUUUACAUGAUUUGCAACGCAACGAAUGGGAUCCUUUGAUUCAAUGGUUCAAUGAGAGAUAUGGCACUCAACUUGAGAAAACAAUGGAUAUUACACCGCCAACAGUUUCCGCCGAAGAUAAAAUGAAAAUUUCCAAAUAUUUAUUGUCCCACAGUGAAGAUGUCCUAUAUGGCUUUGUUUUUGCUGUCGAUACCCUAAAGUCAAUUAUUUUGGCGUUUGCUGCCAUAGACCAACGCAUUUCUGUGGAUAAGGCUGUCACAUUGGCACGCUUGGAAGAGGAAUAUCAAUUGAAAUUUUGGGGACGUGUAGAAUGGGCUCAUGAUCUUAGUCAACAAGAAUUACAGGCCCGGUUAGCAGCGUCUGUACUUUAUGUUCAUCUCAACCGGUCGGAGUAUUUUAAAAAAGAGAAAACCAUCAUCUAA